UUCAAGUUCAACUAUGACAAUACUCAUUGGAAAAUGAGCGAAACCUAGCUUUUUAAAUUUCGAGAGGUCUAGUCUUGGAGUUAUGCUGUGUCACUCGAAUAAGCGUGUCGACGACGACGGCAAUGACGAUACCAACAUAGAUGGUUUCAUCGAUUGUGGUCGUCAUAGCCAUAGUGACGAUGAUCUUUCCUCCAGGAAUGGUGAUCUUGACAGUGGUGACAAUAGCAGUGGGGACGCGAAUAAUCAGCGUAAAGCUUUCUGCUACACUUACCGAUCACACCAAUACAGACUUUUCGACGUCAUCCGAUUUUUCGACCACCACAAUAUCCGAAAGCGAUUACGGCGGACAGCCUGGGAACAGAGGUGGCAAAGAAGGGGAACCCGAUAAUGGGAAAGAUAAUAUUUCUCCUGGAAGUACUGCUCACCACAUUUCAAUCACAAGCACAAUGUCUAAUCGAUCUAUAAUUCCAAUUCCAAUUCCAACAGGAACGUCUUUUCGGGACCCGUUCUCCGUAACAUCUACUGUAAAUCCCACGCGAAUAAGCACAAGCUCACUAGGGACAUCUACUAGUGUUGAUGACCCCAGAGCGGGAUCAGGCUCUCUGAGUGGCAUCGUGGUUGGAAGUGUUUUAGGCGGCAUGGCAGCGAUAUUGAUCCUUCUUGCUAUAGUUUGGUUAGCGAUGCGGAAAGCGAUCCCACAAGGUGGCCUUAUGAUACAGAGACAUGACUGGAAGUUUUUCUAAGGUGGGGAGGCGAGAAGAGAGAAGAUCAGGAGAAGUCAGAGUACUAGAAGCCAGAGCUAGAUGCUGUAG